AUGUCAUCUACUGGUAUUGAAUUUCAUAGAGCAUUGACAAGGCUUGAAAAUUCCUCCAUCGAUUUUAUUCAUGUUAUUCCUAAACAUGAUAAUGUACUUGUUACAGCAAGUAAAAAUCAUCCUAUUAUAACGCUAUGGGAUAUUAUACAAACAUCUACUACUACUACCACUGAUGAUAAUAAUAAUAAUUCUUUAAAAACAUUACUUGUCAUGAGAGGACAAUUAACGAAUUGGUCUAAAAGUAGUGAAAUUAAAUUAACAGAUAUAUGUCUAACAAUAUGUGGUGAAUCAAUAAUAUCAAGUUAUAAUGAUGGUAGUAUUAGAAUUUGGAAUUGGCAAACAUUUGAAUGUAAAAAAGUAUUAAAUGGACAUUUAGAUAGUGUUUUAUCAAUUGAUUGUUCAUUAGAUGGUUCUCUAAUUAUAUCAUCAUCAAGAGAUAAUACAAUGAGAUUGUGGAGUGUUAGUGGUGGUCAAUGUUUGAAAAAGUUGAAUUCAAAUUCUAAAGAUUCACAUUCAGAUAUUGUUAAAAUGGUUAGAUUUAUUAAAAAUUGGGCAGGUCAAACUCAAGCUAUUCUUGAUGAAAAUGGUAAUAGUAUAAUUAGUGAAAAUGAAACUCCAAUUUCAGAUAAUUAUCAAUUUGUUUCAUUAGGUAAUAGUGAUGGUUGUAUGAAAUUGUGGCAAGUUGAAAAUCAAUCAAAAUUAAUUUCACAAGCAAAUUUGGAAGGAAAAUUUGAUGGUGAGAAAUUUUUAUUAACACCAGAUGGAAGUUUCUUUUCAUUGGCUGGUUCAUUGAAUAAGGUUGAAUUAAUUGAAGUUAUAAAGAAGGAAAAAAAGAAACUAAACCUGUUACAUGUAUAG